CCGUGGCCCUUUUAAAAGGCAGAGCCGAGGAGGAGCCGGGUCUUCGCACACACCAAUGAGAAGCCCCAUUCGGCAUCCGCCCCUCCCACCCCCUCCAGAGGUCAAAAGAUUUUGCCAGUCUUACUGUGGACUGUACGGUGAGCCGGGAGGCGCCAGGUUGGCCGUGGUUGCUCCGCUUGCCCGCCCGCUGCCCAGAUGGCCUUGAGAAGGGUCUCCGAGCGGCUGUUGAGCCGUGGACCAGGCCUGAGCUUCCUGCACGGGUGGGGCUCGGCGGCGGCGCAGACUGAAAAGGGCGGGAAGACACAGAACCGAGCGACUAAGUCCUCGCGUCCUGAAUUUGACUGGAGAGACCCGCUGGUGCUGGAGGAGCAGCUGACAGCGGAUGAGAUCCUCAUCAGGGACACCUUCCGCACCUAUUGCCAGGAGCGCCUCAUGCCCCGAAUCCUGCUGGCCAAUCGCAACGAAGUUUUUCACCGGGAGAUCAUCUCAGAAAUGGGGGAGCUUGGUGUGCUGGGCCCCACCAUCAAAGGGUAUGGCUGUGCUGGAGUCUCAUCUGUGGCCUAUGGGCUCCUAGCCCGAGAGUUGGAGCGGGUGGAUAGUGGCUACAGGUCAGCAAUGAGUGUCCAGUCUUCCCUUGUCAUGCACCCCAUCUACGCCUAUGGCAGCAAGGAGCAGCAGCAGAAGUACCUGCCCCGGCUGGCCAAGGGGGAGCUCCUGGGCUGCUUUGGGCUCACAGAGCCCAACCAUGGGAGUGACCCUGGCAGCAUGGAGACCAGAGCCCACCACAACCCAUCCAACAGGAGCUACACCCUCAAUGGGACCAAGACCUGGAUCACCAAUUCACCUGUGGCCGACCUGUUUGUAGUAUGGGCUCGGUGUGAAGACAGCUGCAUUCGGGGCUUCCUGCUGGAGAAGGGGAUGGGGGGCCUCUCAGCCCCCAAGAUUGAGGGCAAGUUCUCCCUGCGGGCCUCGUCCACAGGCAUGAUCGUCAUGGACAGUGUGGAGGUGCCGGAGGAGAAUGUGCUGCCUGAUGUAUCUGGUCUGGCGGGGCCCUUCGGCUGCCUGAACAAUGCCCGGUUUGGCAUCGCCUGGGGCGUGCUCGGAGCCGCUGAAUUCUGUUUGCACACGGCCCGGCAGUACACCCUGGAUAGGAUCCAGUUUGGCGCCCCACUGGCCAGGAACCAGCUGAUUCAGAAGAAGCUGGCAGACAUGCUCACUGAGAUCACGCUGGGCCUUCACGCUUGCCUGCAGCUUGGCCGCUUGAAGGAUCAAGACAAGGCCACUCCGGAAAUGGUCUCCCUGCUGAAGAGGAAUAACUGUGGGAAGGCCCUGGAUAUCGCCCGCCAGGCCCGAGACAUACUAGGGGGGAAUGGGAUUUCUGAUGAGUAUCAUGUGAUCCGGCAUGCCAUGAACCUGGAGGCUGUGAACACCUAUGAAGGUAUCUACCCAAGAGAAAUGAAAAUGUAUGUCUCUGCCAAAAUUCAUACAUGGAUGUUCGCAGCAGCAUUACUCACAAGAACCACAAUGCAGAAACAACUCAAAUGUCCAUCAACCAAUGAAUGGAAAAUCAGCUUGUCAAUAGACCCAGAAGAGCCAACACAAUAUUGAAAUAGAAGAACAAAGUUGGAGGACUGAUGUUCCUUGACCUCAAGACUUACUAUAAAGCUGCAGUGAUCCAGAUGGUGUGGUACUGGUAUAGGAAUAGAUAAAAGAUCAAUGGAACAGAAUAGAGAGCCCAGAAAUAGACCCACAUGUAUAUAGUCAACAGAUCUUUGACAAAAGAGCAAAGAAAAUUGACUGGAGAAAGGAGUCUUUUCAACAAAUGGUGCUGAAAUAACUGGACAGCCGUGGACAGAAGAAUGAGACACAGACCUCAUACUUUCACACAAACUAACUCAAAAUGUAGCACAGACCUAAAUGUCAAACACAAAGCUAUCAAACUCCUGGAAGAUAUCAUAGGAAAAAAAUCUAGAGGACCAUCUUAGAUAUAAUAUCAACAGAAAAAUCGAUAAGUUGGACUUCAUUAAAAUUAAAAACUUCUGCUCUGCAAAACACUCCGUCAACAGAAUGAAAGGAUAUGCCACAAACUGGGAGGAAAUCUUUGUGAAACACAUGCCUGAUAAAGUACAAGUAUUUAAAAUAUACAAAGAACUCUUAAAAACAAUAUGGAAACAAACACCUGAUUAAAGGGGCAAAAAAUCUGGACACCUCCCCAGAAAAGACAUACAGAUGACAAAUAGACAUAUGAAAUGAUGUGUAAUUUCAUAUCUCUCCAGGAAACUGCAAAUCAACACAACAAUGAGAUACUACUACACACUUAUUAAAAUCGUGAAAAUCCAAAACACUGAUAACAUCAAGUGCUGACAAGGAUGUGGAGCAACAGCAACUCUCUUUCAUUGAUGACAGGCACAGCCACUUUGCAAGACAGUUUGGCAGUUUCUUACAAAACUAAAUAUAUUCUUAUCAUAUGAUCAAGCCAUGGUGCUCCUUGGUAUUUACCCAAAGGAACUGAAAACUUGAGUCCACACAAAGACCUGCACAAGAAUGUUUAUAGUGCUUUAUUCAGAACUGCCAAAACUUGGAAGCAACCAAGAUGUCCUUCAGUAGGUGAAUGGAUAAACAAACUGUGGGACAUCCAGACAAUGGAAUAUUUUCUUUUAAAGAUUUUAUUUAUUUAUUUGCGAGAGAGUGAAUGAGAGACAGAGAGCACGAGAGGGAGGAAGGUCAGAGGGAGAAGCAGACUCCCCGCUAAGCAGGGAGCCUGAUGCGGGACUCGAUCCCGGGACUCCAGGAUCAUGACCUGAGCCGAAGGCAGUCGCUUAACCGACUGAGCCACCCAGGCACCCCCAAUGGAAUAUUUUCAGCACUAAAAAGAAAUGAGCCAUGAAAAGAUAUAGAGGAACCUUAAGUGCAUACUGCUAAGUGAAAGAAAGCAAGCUCCAAGAGAGCAGAAAUUCUGAUUUGUUCACUGCUGCAUGCUCAUCAUCAGGGUCUGGCCAAAGCAGACCCUCAAGAUAUAUUUGGUGAAUAAAUAAAUGUACAAGACAAAAAC